GCCCCGCCGCGCCCGGCCGCGCUGAGCCGCCGCCUGCCCGCACCCAUGCCGGCCCCGGCCGGCCUCCUGCUCCUCGCCGCCGCCGCGCUGGCCGCGGGCGGGGGCACGGCGCGGGGAGAGCCUGCUCCGCCAUCCUCCAGCAGCGACAUCGUUUAUCCCAUCAAGGUUGACGAGAGCGGAUCAUUCCUGUCCUACGAUUUGUCCCACCGAGCCCUCCACCGAAGGUCUCCUUCCUCCAGGAGCAAGUUUCUCGCCUUCUAUGAGCUGCAUUACAAAGGACAACCCCUGAGGUUCAACCUGAGCCUGAACAACUACCUCCUGGUGCCGGGGUUCGUCAGCGAGCGGCGAUACGGGGGCAUCGCUCACGCCAAGAUCCAGUCUCACACGUACAACUCCUGCCAUAUGAUCGGGGAGGUUCGGAGCCGGGCGCUGACGGGAGGGCUGGCCGCGCUCAGCACGUGCGAUGGCCUGAAAGGCGUGUUUCGGCUCAUGAACGAGGACUAUUUCAUCGAACCGGUGUCCACCAGCUUUCAGGAGGACGGAGCGGCGCAGCCCCACAGGAUAUACAAGCGCCAGGCGCCCGAGCGCGGGGCAGAGCAGGGCAGGAGCCCACCAGCUCCGCAGGAAGCCUGUGGCGUGCAAGAAUCUCAGGAAAGCCUGGAGAGGUCUGAGAAGCGGAGGGAAAGAUGGGAACAGAGGCAGCACAGGAAGAGAAGAAUAAGGCAGCGCUCCAUCAGCAAGGAGAAGUGGGUGGAAACGCUGGUGGUGGCAGACACCAAGAUGAUAGAAUACCACGGGAGCGAGAACAUAGAGAAGUACGUGCUGACCGUGAUGAACAUGGUGGCGGGUCUGUUCCACCAUGCCAGCAUUGGGAACCCCAUCAACAUUGCGAUAGUGCGACUCAUCCUGCUGGAGGACGAAGAGGAGGAUCUGAAAAUCUCCCACCAUGCAGACAACACCUUGAGAAGCUUUUGCAAAUGGCAGAAGAGCAUCAACAUUAAAGGAGAUUCCCAUCCCCUGCAUCAUGACGUCGCAGUCCUGCUCACAAGGAAGGACAUCUGCGCGGCGAUGAACAGGCCCUGCGAGACCCUGGGCCUGUCCCACGUGGCGGGGAUGUGCCAGCCCCACAGGAGCUGCAACAUCAACGAGGACACGGGACUGCCCCUGGCCUUCACUGUGGCCCAUGAGCUCGGACACAGUUUUGGGAUUCAGCAUGAUGGAAGCAGCAAUGACUGUGAGCCAGUUGGGAAAAGACCUUUCAUCAUGUCUCCACAGCUCCUGUAUGACACGUCCCCACUCACCUGGUCCCGCUGCAGCCGGGAGUACAUCACACGAUUCCUAGACCGAGGCUGGGGGCUGUGCCUGGAUGAUCCCCCUGCCCGGGAGGUGCUGGACUACCCCUUGGUGCCCCCGGGCGUCCUCUACGAUGUGGGCCACCAGUGCCGGCUGCAGUACGGCGCCUACUCCACCUUCUGCGAUGACAUGGACAGCGUCUGCAACACGCUGUGGUGCACGGUGGGGAACACGUGCCACUCCAAGCUGGACGCUGCCGUCGACGGCACGGCGUGUGGGGAGAACAAGUGGUGCUUCAACGGCGAGUGCGUGCCCGUGGGGUACCGUCCAGACGCGAUCGACGGCGGCUGGGCCUCGUGGAGCUCGUGGGCUGCCUGCUCGCGCAGCUGCGGCGCGGGCGUGCAGAGCGCCGAGAGGCAGUGCAGCAGCCCCACGCCGAAGUACGGGGGCAGGUACUGCCUGGGGGAGCGGAAGCGGUUCCGGAUUUGCAACGUGAGGCCGUGUCCCCUCGACAAGCCCUCCUUCCGCCAGGUCCAGUGCAGCCAGUUCAACCCCAUGCUCUACAAAGGGAAACUCUACAGGUGGACGCCGGUGCCCAACAACAUUAACCCCUGCGAGCUGCAUUGCCGGCCAGAGAACGAAUACUUUGCAGAAAAGCUGCGGGACGCCGUCAUCGACGGGACGCCGUGCUACGAGAUGAACGCCAGCCGCGACAUGUGCAUCAACGGCAUCUGCAAGAACGUGGGCUGCGACUACGAGAUCGACUCCAACGCGGUGGAGGACCGGUGCGGCGUGUGCCACGGGGACGGCUCCACCUGCCACACCAUCAAGAAGACCUUCGAGGACAGCGAGGGGCUGGGUUACGUCGAUAUUGGGAUUAUCCCCGUGGGAGCCCGGGAGAUCCGGAUUGAAGAAGUCGCAGAAGCCGGCAAUUUCCUGGCGCUGCGGAGCGAGGACCCGGAGAAGUAUUUCCUGAACGGCGGCUGGACCAUCCAGUGGAACGGGGACUACAGGGUGGCAGGGACCACCUUCACCUACAAGAGGACAGGGAACUGGGAGAACCUCACCUCCCCGGGGCCCACCGUGGAGCCCGUGUGGAUCCAGCUGCUGUUUCAGGAGACCAACCCCGGCGUGCGGUACCAGUACACCAUCCAGCGCCCGGCCGACAGCGAGAACGAGAUCGAGCAGGCAGAGUUCCUCUGGCGCUUCGGCUCCUGGACCACGUGCACUGCUACGUGCGGGACCGGGGUGCAGCGGCAGAUCGUGCACUGCGUGGAGAAGCUGGCCGGCAUCGUGGAGGAGCAGUACUGCGACGCGCUCACCCGCCCCGACGACCAGCAGAGGACAUGCAGCGAGGAGCCCUGCCCGGCCAGGUGGUGGGUCGGCGAAUGGCAGAAGUGCUCGGCCACCUGCGGCCCGUCGGGGCUGAUGAAGAGGACGGUGCUCUGCAUCCAGAGCGUGGGGCUGGACGAGCAGAGGGCCUUGCAGCAAGCAGACUGCCAGCACCUCUCCAAGCCAGAUGCCACUGCGCCCUGUCACCGGGAGGUUCCCUGUCCCUCCCAGUGGGCCGUGGGGAACUGGUCCGAGUGCUCCGUGACGUGUGGGAACGGGACACAGAGGCGCCCUGUUCACUGCAGCAACAGCACCGGAGCCGCUUGUGACCCCGCAGAAAGACCCAGCUCGGAAACUAUUUGCUCCUUGCUGCAGUGCCAGGAGAAAUUAGACAACACCAACAUGGACUGGUCUGGCAGUGGGUCCUCCAGCAGAGAGAUAUUUAAUGAAAUCCAUUACAUCCCCAGCAACCACAUUGCUAAAUUUAACCCCUUAAUUCCAAAUAUUCCGGAGUCUAAUGAUGUCAAUAUCAUCCCUGAGGAAGACUUCUCAACCAAGAAGGGAAAUGUCUUUGUUGAUGAUUUUUACUACGAUUAUAAUUUUAUCAACUUCCAUGAGGAUCUGUCUUACUAUCCCUUCACAGAGAAGGAGACCAAAGGCGAGGGGCAUAAGCCAGAGCUGAGCACCAACGACGUGGAGGGGUCCCGUGAGAUGCCUGCCGAUGUCCUGCGCACUGUCAAGCCGGGAGCAGGAGCAAGUGAGGACCAUCUGGUGACCAGCGAAGCAAAUGCUUCUGCUGCUGUGCACAGCGAAGGAGAGACAGAGCCUGGGGGUUUAGCCAUAAAUGACCUCCUGAGUGUGGUCCCCGAGGAUGCGGGGACAGCCGCUCCCAAAUAUGCCGUCCCUGACUUAAUGGGUGAGGAGGACGGAGCGCUUGUGCCCGGCUCCGAGGACCACCCACCCACCCAGAGCACCACGAGUCAUGAUUCUGCAAACAGCCACGACCACCUGCCCCCAGAUGAGCCUGGGGGAGCCGUGCCGACAAGGACCAGUCCUGGGCAGGAUGCUCCAGCCCGCGGCCUCGCUCCCUGGGCUCCUUACCUGCCUGAUCCCUCCCCGCCGCUGCCUGCUGGCAGGGGCAGCGCUGGCGCAGCCGAUGCACCCAACAGUCUGGGAGAGCCGGGGAGCAGCGGCGAGGGGCAUACGAGCACAGAGGGGCCAGGUAGCGCCAGCAGCGAGGAGCACGAUGUGGCCGGCUCUGCAGGGAGAGGCCAUGAAGACUCAAGGGAAAUGGGUCUUGUCAUCACCAGUAACGCUAACGGUGCUGCCCCCGAGACCAAGGAGCAGGAAGGGUGGGCAGAAAUGCCGGAGAGGAUGGCAGGCAUGCACGCAGCACCGGCAGCCGACGAGCAAGCCCGUGGGACAGAGAGGGCAGAGCCUUCCUUCCCCACCCCGCAGGGACCAGGGGAGGAGAUGGGAAGGAGUGCUGGCAGCACCCCUCCUGCCACGAGUCCCUAUCCCGUGGGUGCUGACAGGGGCCCCGCGGGGCAGGCAGGGCACCAGCCAGAGCUCUUCACCCCCACGUCCCUGACCUCGGCCCCUUUGGUGGCCACUACAGCCUUUCCAACAGCGGUGUCCUUGUCCCCCGCCAUGCCCGGGCCAGCCACCCAGCUCACCUCCAGCGGCCUCACCCAGCAAGAAGCUCUGGUGCCAGCUGUGCUCACGGCGCCGGCGCACAGCCCUCCCGCGCACCCAGCAGGAGCAUCGCCCUCCGAGUCCCCCCCGGCAUGGUGGACCGUGGGGGUGUCCCACCACCCGGAGCCGGCAUCGCCCCGUGCACAGCAGACCUCCCACAGGGCCCCGCUCAGCAGCACCGCGCCAGGGGAGCGCUCGCCGUGGGCAGCCCCAGGGACGUUUGCUUUCAGCAAUGGGGAGUAUGAGUUAUCCGAGCCCACUCCCACCCCCACACCGCUCUGGGAGAAGGAGGAGAUGGAGAAGGAGGAGAUGGAGAAGGAAGAGAUGGAGAAGGAAGAGAUGGAGAAGGAAGAGGCUUUGCUUCUGCAAUCGACCACUGUGGCAGCCGCUGCAAUCCCCAGCUGGGAGGUUGGGAACUGGAGCGAGUGCUCGGCCACCUGCGGCGUGGGCGCGAUCUGGAGGACCGUGCGCUGCAGCACCGGCAGCGACGACGGCUGUGCCGCUGCGAACAAACCCGUCCCUGCUCGGAGGUGUUCCCUGAGACCGUGUUCGUCGUGGCGCGUGGGGAACUGGAGUAAGUGCUCCAGGAGCUGCGGCGGGGGGAUGAAGGUUCGGGACGUGCACUGCGUCGACACCAGAGACCAGAGGCUCCUGCGGCCCUUCCACUGCCAGGCUGUCCUCUACAAACCGCCCGCGCAGCUCCCCUGCCAGAGCGCGCCGUGCCUGGACUGGUACACGUCCUCCUGGAGGGAGUGCUCGGAGGCGUGUGGCGGCGGGGAGCAGGAGCGGCUGGUGACGUGCCCGGAGCUGGGCCGCUGCGAGGAGGCGCUACGGCCCAACACCACCCGGCCCUGCAACACGCACCCCUGCACCACCUGGGUGGUGGGCUCCUGGGGAGAGUGCACGGCUCCCUGCGGCGGGGGCAUCCAGCAGCGCCAGGUCAAGUGCAUCAACACCAAGACGGGGCUGGCUGAGGAGGACAGCAGCCUCUGCGACCACAAGCCCUGGCCCGAGAGCACGCAGAAGUGCAACCCGCAGGACUGCGAGAGCUCCGAGUCGGGCUUCGUCUGCGAGCGCGAUCGCUUGACGUUCGGCUUCUGCCAGACCCUGCGGGUCCUGGGAAGGUGCCACCUCCCGACGGUCCGUCUCCAGUGCUGCCGAAGCUGCCGCCAGCACGGGCACCACGUGGCACCCGACCGGGACCGCGGGGACGAGCGGGCCUCCAGGAGGUGACAGGACCGUCCCCGAGGGCGAGAAGCACCAGGACCCACGGCAGCUCCCGCGGCGGCACGGCGGAGGCGGAGGGAGCUGGGUCACGGCCAGGACUCGCGGCUCUGCCUCGUCCCGCGGCAGCACCGGCCGGUGCCGCCCGCGAGCCACGCGGUGCUCUUUCGAAACAUGGGGAAGGCUUGAUUUCUUUUAUUUGUGCUACUCUAUAACGGUGCUCAAACCAUCGGUCUGAUAAAAAAAAAAAGGUCUGGCGUGGGCUGGGUGUGCGGGGCCCGCCGGGCCCGCGGGAGGUGCGGGGGCAGCCGGACCCUCCGUCAGGGUCACGCUGCCACUGGGCGACCAGCGAGGAAACAUUUUGAGGAAGGGAAACCGAAAGCAUCAAUAAUUCGGGGGAGACCUCUCAGAAAUGCUUAUGGUGCUAUCACUUGACAUUUUCAGCCUCUUAUUGGUGUUGGCAGGCCAGCACGAAACUCUUGACUUUUGUUAUUAUUUUUAUAUACAUGAAGUGAGCAUCUAGCAUCCACCAGUACAGCCGACCUUUUGGAUUAGGUUUUUUUUUUUUUCCUUAAGGGACUUGAAGCUGGCAACCCAUUUCUGUAAUUUUCAUUAAAAUGAUUAUGCACUGAAGCUAGCCGUAAUUUAAGAUAUGGAGACAGGGCAGAGGAAUAAAGUAUUACCUGCAGUUACCCCCGCGAGUCCGGGGCUCACGGUGUGUGCCAAGGCUCCGUACCCUCGCUGCCCCGCUGCUGGCUCUGUGUGCCAAAGCCGUUGCCCGUAUCGCUCCGGGGCAGAGGGGGUGGUCAGGGACACCAAGGCACGAGUGGAAUGGGUUUGGAGCCAAACAGUGCAUUCCCUGGUGUGUGUUUGCGACGGAGCGGGAAAGCUGCUCUGGCCCCGGUGGUGAGCAGCAUCCCCUUCGCUGCAUCCUCCCUCGUGAGCAGCGAGGUACGCACACCCCGGGAUUUCCGUAUGCAGUUACGGCGUAGCAGUUUAAUGGUUGGUUAAGGUGUUUUUCUAUGUUCAUACAAGCUAAAACCCUUUUUUUUUCCUGCUUAUAUAGAUUCACCUCUGUUAAGGUUAGUUGAUUCUUUUAACUAGAAUAUCUGAUAUUGUACGAGGAGCGGCACUCGGCCGGCACAGCCCCACUGCCCGGUCCGGGGGUGUCGUAUGUUACUCGCUCCCUGCCUUAGGGAGGAUUUGCUCUUAGGUUGGUCCCCAGAAGAGGGUCAGGAGCAUUUUGGUAGGAAUUCCUUGCUGCCAUGAAGGCAAUCCUACUUGCGUUGAACGGAGACAGGCUGGAGCCCAGCGCCGCCGCGCAGUCACACAGCCCAGGGUGCGUUUCUUCUUCGCCUGUGCUGUCGGGAACGAUGUUCAGUCCCAUAGCGGGGAAAUUCCUGCCUGUAAUUUGUAUGUAAAACACAAGCCAUGACUUCACCAUCUGUGUUUCAUUCCUUUCCAACAUGGUGUAAAUUUUUAUGUUUCAAA